AUGCCCCCAAAAUCCUCCCAAAGCAAGAAACUGCGACACAAGAAAACACAAAACACUCGGCAAAUCCAAAAACCAGCAAGGAGAAGUAAUGAGAACCCCUGUUUGAAUGCAGACAACAGCCAAGUGGGACGCACAAUUGAGCAAACAGAGGAUCCAGGGUUGGAGUAUGACAAAACAGUAUUGGUCAUGCAUGAAGAAGAAAUGUUGGAUUUCGAGUUGAACGACUUCAGUGACAUGGGAUCAGGACACCAGCAGCCCCAAAUUCAGCCCCCAUACAACGACAACCACGACAACCAAUACCCUUCAGGGUACCAUGCCCCAUUCCCACAGCAGCCUCAGUACACACAAGACCCUCAACCUCCAUACGUGCCUCAAAUGCAACAUGUUACCUUGCAGCCGCCACAUACACUCCCGAACUAUGACCCACAUCAGCAACAUGUUCCCUUGCAGCCGCCACACACACUCCCAAACUAUGAUCCACAUCAGCAACACGCUCCCUUGCAGCUGCCGCACACACUCCCGAACUAUAACCAACAUCAGCAACAUGGGCCUCAGAUGAACCAGGCCUCAUCCCUGCAGCACACCAUGACUGUGGCAGACCUCUUCCUCACUUGCUCCAUCAGUGAACCACCUCCUCCCACUGUGCGCGGUGCAGAGCGCCUCAGCAGACACCUGCAGGACCCACAGGCACGACCCAUCCGUCCAUCACCAUAUGCCCUCCCAGGGCUACGCAAGGUGACAGUAUUGGGCCCCUGUUGUCAGCACGAGCAUUACCGUGGCAAGUGGCAAAACACAGGUGUCGCCAGAAGCAGCACAGAUGUUGCUCAGAAACGCCCCAUGGCAAAAGACCUACCACCCCAUCCCCAUCCCCUCCCCACUCAGUCUCAUAACAAUGGCAGUUCUGAUCCUCAUCCUGGUCCCCCUCAGCAGGAAGCACCAGACAAUCCUCAGGCUAAUCCCCCCAUUCCCAUACCUGCUGAGCAAGUUGAAGAGCACAAGUACGAGCUCAAAUUCCAUAUAUGGGAUACAUCGUCAGAAGUCACGCACAAGUUAUGGAUCAUGCCUGUGCUCACAACACACUUGCAGUGCUUGUUCACCUCCGAGAAUAUGAUGCUCGAUGGUGUUUUACAAUCUGUCCCUGUGCUCGAACAUGAUGGACUCGUUAGUCUCGUCAUCAAGAUCUUGUGGACCCAUGGGUUUUACAAAGACAUUGAUUUUGAUGAUCUGAAUGCACUUGAUGGAGUCAUUGCACUUGCUGCGCAGCACUCUGCUUGGCACUUUUGGAGUACAAGACUGGUGUAUACCAAUUUUAUCCGUUCCCCAGCACUGAUGGGCCUCGCGCCCUCUCCUCUCGUGCUGUCUCUCGUGCUUGUAUUCCCUGUCUCUCACCCUGUCUCUCGCCCCAUCUCUCACCUCAUCUCUCAUGUUCCCAUGCCCUAUUUCUUGCCUGUCUCUCAUGCCCCAUCUCUUGCCCCGUCUCUCUCGCCCUGUGCGACAUGCCAUCUCUCUCACCCUGUGUGA